AUGACAAAGCUGAUAACGGAAACACCCGAUCAACCAAUACCAUUUCUAAUCAACCAUCUUCAGUCCAAACAGGGGAACCGCAGUCAGCUUCAGAGAACCUUGUCUGGCUCUGCUGCCCUUUGGGCAGAGAGUGAAACCUCAGAAAAUAAGGAAACAAGGAGAGAUUUUAGAAGUUAUGAUAAACCUUGGCAAGUAAAUGCAAAAAAGCCUAAAAAAUCAAAGAGCGACCUUGCAAUGUCCAACAUUUCUCCGCCAUCACUGGAGUCUAAGUUAUUGCCAAGGUCAAUAGAGCAUCCUAAAUGGGAUUGGAGGACAAAACCGGAGACCCAUGAUUUUGAUGAACUAAAUCAUAUUCUUCAAGAGAGCAAAAAACUUGGAAAGGCCCUUGAGAAUCUGUCUCGCAGCAUUGCUGUUUCUGAUGAACUUGAUAAGGACACAGCAGGUUUUCCCUCCCCCCUUCUCAGACCUCGGGUGGUUGGAGAAUGGGUUGGCCGUGAAGAGAAUGAUGCAGACCCACUCGCUGCGGAGAUGCUGCAGCCGCCAGUGCCGAGAAAUAAAAACGAGCAGUGGGACAGCGAGGACAGCAGCAGUCCUGGAGGAAGCUUAAAAAUGGAGCCAAAGACCAAAGGACUCAAACAACAACAGCAGCAACAUAAGAAACUGCUGGCUGCCAUGCUUUCUCAGGACUCAUUUGACUCUGCUCAAAGCACAGCUCCAUCUGUAACCGAAGAAGAUAUUGACAAUGAAGAUGAUGCAAUGGAACUGCUGG